CGGACAAAGCGCGCUUUUUGUUUUUCUGACGGCUACGUCAAAUUUGGCACCCAUCCGACUUCUGCUUUUGAUCCUGUCGUACUGAUAGGAGUUCCAUCCCAUUUCUUUUUAUUUCGAGUGUAUGACUAUAUUCAAUUUCUACUUAUUCAAUCGUGAUGGAGUAUGCAUCUUUUAUAAGGAAUGGAGAAGGGAUAAGCACUUGGGAAUGCCGAAAUCGGAGGAGUUCAAGUUGAUGAAUGGCAUGCUUGUAUCGCUUCGGUCCUUUGCUGAACGGCUUUCCAGUAAAGAUGGGCAACAGCUAGUGCGCUAUUUCAAAACGUCAUCAUAUCGGAUGAACUACAUGGAAACACCUACAGGUUUGAAAAUGGUCAUGAACACUGAUCCGUCAGCCGUCGGGAUACCAGAGCUUAUAAGGGAUAUAUAUAAGAUCUAUGUUGAAACUGUGAUGAAGAACCCGUUAAUGGAUACAUCUACGCAAAUCACCAGUGACCUCUUUGCUAGCCGAGUGGAUCAAGUUGUAUGCGGUCACUCAUCUUACAUUUAA